AGUUCUAUGGCACUAAGUGUGCCAGCCAAAGUUUAUCAGACUAAUCACCACACCAAAUAAGCUGGUUACAAACAAUUUUUUGAUAAUUCUCAAGAAAAUCUAUAGAGCUAUAGAAAAGUAAUGGCUUCUCUUGAGGAUGAAGAGGUUUAUACUGAGGAUGAGACCAAUCAGGCAAUGGCCUUGAUUGAGGAGAAGCAGCUGCCCAUGUCGGAGCUUCUCACAGCCCUCAAGUAUGUGCGCAUCAUGAACGAUUCAUUGAACCCGGACCUAAAGAUCCAAGAUCCACCGAUUGCGCCAGUUGCGGAGGUGGAGCCCCCGCCAUUCGACUGGGUCGACAACCAGCCGAUGGUCAGAGAGUUGUAAAGUUUUACAAAUUUUACCAGUUUCGUUUUAAUUUUGUCGACUGCAAAUAAAGAACGGGGCUACCGGCCCUCGAAUGAUUUAACUCAAA